CACCCUCAUUGCCUAUUUAAGAUUUGGUGUGUGGAGGACGAAGGCACCGGCAUCGAUAGAGCUCGAGUGCGAGUUACAUUCCCUUGCCUAAAUCAGCCUCGCCUCUACUUCAUUAAAGGGGCUUGGGUGGUAGUACUAACGUGGAAAGAUGCCGUUUGGAAUGGGUUCUUCCAGCAGCUCUAAAAAAUCGAAGAAUGUGGCCAUUGAUGCCAUGAAAAAUGGUCCAAACCAGGGACUGAGUGAGCUGAACCUCAAGAAGCAGCUGAGCGUAUUGGUUGUGGAUGACAAUCCAGUCAACCGCAAGAUUCUAAAGAUGAUGCUGACUAAACUUGGGGUGGAAGCCCAGGAGGCUGAGAAUGGUCAGGAGGCCGUGGACCUCCACCUUGAUGGGGCCCACUUUGAUCUGAUCCUGAUAGACAUGGAUCGCCUGUUAUGGAUGGGCCCCAGGCGAUGAGGGUGCUGCGGACCAUGGGAGUUGGGUGCAAGAUGAUCGGGGUUAGCGCGAACUCAUGCAGCAGGGACAAGCAAGUGUUCAUGGAAGCCGGCAUCGAUGAGUACCAUGUCAAGCCCAUGACUCACCCCAAGCUCAUUUCCAUCCUCAAGGUGGUCUACGACGCUUGAACAAGACAUGCAUGCAUGCAUGCACCCGUGAAAAUAAGACCU